CAUUCUGUUUAUUAUUCUGACAUUCGCAAUUUUCUGUUCCUUCAUCAACACAUUCUAAACAUUUAACACAUUACCUUAGGGAAAGAAUAUGCUUUAAUUUAUAUAACUUUUGCUAUUAUUAUAAUAAUUAUACAUUAAAAUGCCGCGAAAUCCAAAUGCUGAACGUGACAACCCCUGCCUUCGUGAACAGGAACUGUCUUAUAAGUGCCUCAGCAAAUACAACUACGACAGGGAUAAAUGUGAAGUAUAUUUUGCCAACUACAACAACUGCAAAGACUUUUGGAAUAAAGUGCGUUCUGACCGUCGAGCAAAGGGUAUUGCACCUUACUUACCCCCAGUGGAGGAACGUGAGGAUAUCAAGUCCGAAUAUAUGAAAUCCAAACCACCAAAAGAGUAGAUAAUAACAAAGCAAUAAAAACUAA